GCUGAUGACGCUGCUGCUCCCGGAAGUGCUCCCCGCGCCGCCGCUGUAGUCCCCACGUGCGGAGGCGCAUUAUCAGCGCUGUUGCUGCUCGGCCUGGUCCGGACAUGGAGCACCUGCAGCUCAGCCUCUCGGAACUGGACGUGAUCGCUCAGAGGAGCGGCGGGGAGCUCAGGCAGUACCUCGCCAAACAGAUAUGGACUCCUCAGGACAGAGAAUCCAUUUUGAAGAUUUUGGCUCAGUUGGUACUGGACAAAGAAUGCACGCUGCUGAUUGGGCGACAGCUUCGACCUUUGCUUUUGGAUUUGUUUGAGAGAAAUGCUGAAUGUAUGAAAGUUGGGGUCAACCAUGAUCUUCAUGAGAGGCUGUGUGUGGCUAUGAGCAGACUUGUCACAAGCCACCCAGAUGUCCUUCCAUUUGCAUUGCGAUAUUUCCAAAAGGCCUCACCAGUGUUCCAUAGACUUUUCCUAGAAAGCUGCGACUCCAGCACAGUCCGUUAUGGGCGCAGACGGAUAAAACUGCGAGAACUGAUGGAAGCAGCUUACAGAUUUCUGCAACAGGAUAAGCCUUCCUUCAGAGACAUGUGGGACUGGAGCGUCUGUAUACCUCUAUUGAAAAGUCAUGAUUUGGCUGUCCGUUGGUACACUGCUCAUUGCCUGGCUCUGGUUACCUGUAUGUCUGAUGAAAACAGGCAAAUAUUUCUGAAGAAAUUGUUUAAUGCAGAUGAAUUAAUUAAUUUCAAGCUUCAGUGGUUGGAUGAGCUGCAUGGUCAGGGCAUUGAGCAGGGAAUUAAUAUGACCAAUCAAGAGAAGUCCUUGUGGCACAAAGACAACAGCCAAAAAUACACCAAGGGCCAGAUUGUAUCUGGUGAUCUUUGUUCACGGGUCGUGGCAGUUUGUGGAAUAACACUUACUAAAAAAUUGCUUAAGAAUAGAGAGCAGGAAACGAAUUCUAGUCCACUUGUGUUGGUGGAAUCUACUUGUAGAAGUCUCCAUAGUUUGGCUCAGGCAAUCUCCUAUCAGAAUGCUGUGCUACUGGAAGGACCCAUAGGAUGUGGAAAAACGGCUUUAGUGGAGCAUUUGGCCACACUCACUGGACGCCUGAAGCCACCUGAUAUUUUGAAGGUUCAACUUGGUGAUCAAACUGACAGUAAGACGUUGCUUGGUAUGUAUCGCUGUACAGAUAUCCCUGGAGAGUUUGUGUGGCAGCCUGGAACUUUGACGCAAGCGGUUACCAGUGGCCACUGGAUUUUGCUGGAGGAUAUUGAUUAUGCACCACUGGAUGUAAUAUCUGUGUUAAUCCAUGUUUUGGAAAAUGGCGAGUUGCUAGUUCCUGGAAGAGGUGACUGUAUCAAAGUGGCUCCAGGUUUUCAACUAUUUGCUACCAGAAGAAUGCUAAGCACUAGUACUGGUGCUUGGUACAGACCUCAGAAUAGUCAUGCCACAUUGCUUGACAAAUAUUGGACGAAAAUACAUCUAGAUAACAUGAGUAGGAGUGAACUGAAAGAGGUGAUUCAGACACUCUACCCUAGCUUGGACCUGGUAACUGAUAGGUUACUGGACAUAUACAUUCAACUUACAGGAGAUAAGCAUCAGUCUUUGUCGAUCAUUAGAUCUGAUGCUCCACUAGAAGCCCCGGGUCCUGAAGACCUAAAAAGAGACAGGCGACCUAGUCUUGAAGGGAGAGGUUUGUCAUUAAGGGACUUACUGAAGUGGUGCAACAGAAUUGUGUAUUGUUUUGAUGGUUCCUCAUCAAAUACUGCUUUAAACAUAUUCCAUGAGGCACUUGACUGCUUCACAGCCAUGCUUUCCAAACCUCAGGUGAGACUUAAGAUGGCUGAAGUAAUUGGAAGCAAAUUGAACAUUUCUAAGCAAAAGGCUGAAUUCUAUUGCCAACUUUAUAAACCAGAGAUUACUGUGAGAGAACUGGAUGUUUCCGUUGGGCGAGUUGAAAUGCUCAGAAAACAAACAGAUGCCGUUCGUGUUCAUAGGGAGAAGAUGACUUUUGCUGCCACUCGACCAUCCUCAAUACUUAUUGAACAGAUUGCAGUAUGCGUCAAUAAAGGAGAGCCUGUUUUGCUGGUUGGUGAAACUGGCACUGGAAAAACAUCCACAGUUCAAUAUCUUGCUCAUGUUUCAGGUCAGCGUCUACGCAUUGUCAAUAUGAACCAACAGAGUGAUACAGCUGACCUCUUAGGAGGCUACAAGCCUGUGGAUCACAAACUGAUAUGGCUCCCUCUGCGGGAGGGUUUUGAAGAGCUUUUUACUCAAACAUUCUCCAGGAAACAGAACAAGACCUUUUUAGGCCACAUUCAGACCUGUUACAAGCACAAAAGGUGGCAAGACCUGCUUAAGCUAAUGCAGCAUGUUGUGAAAAAUGCCAUGACCAAGGUUCAGUCUGGGGAGACCGAGUUGUUGUUUAAAGAAAAGUGGGAAGCGUUCUCUUUGCGUCUAAAUCAAGCCCAUCAGCAAAUGAAGAUGACGGAAAAUGCUGUGCUGUUUGCCUUUGUAGAGGGUACGUUGGCUCAGGCUGUAAAGAAAGGAGAAUGGAUCUUGUUAGAUGAAAUUAACUUGUCAGCUGCUGAAACUUUGGAAUGCUUGUGUGGCUUACUAGAGGGUGCCACAGGAUCACUUGUUUUGCUGGACAGAGGAGACACAGAGCCCUUGAUAAGACACCCAGAUUUUCGAUUAUUUGCUUGCAUGAACCCUGCCACUGAUGUGGGAAAGCGAAAUCUGCCACCUGGAAUAAGAAAUCGGUUCACUGAGCUUUAUGUGGAAGAACUGGAGAAUGAGAAUGAUUUGCAAAUACUUAUCAUGGAUUACUUGAAGGGCCUUAAUAUAAAUAAAACAGUUAUCCAAGGAAUAAUCAGUUUUUAUUUGGCAAUACGAAAGAAGUCUAAUGUAGAGCUCGUGGAUGGAACAGGCCACAGACCACAUUUCAGCUUGCGUACACUUUGCAGAGCGUUAAGAUACGCUGCAUCAAAUCCAUGUAAUCACAUUCAGAGGUCCUUAUAUGAGGGAUUUUGCCUUUCUUUCCUUACACAACUGGACAGAGCUUCUCACUCCACAGUACAGUUGUUAAUAUGUCGCUAUAUCACCCCUGGCAACGUUAAAGCUCUACUAAAGCAGCCUCUUCCACAGCCCCAUGGAGGCAGAUUUGUCCAAAUAGAGGGAUAUUGGAUUCUAGUGGGUGAUAAGGAUCCAGCUAUAGAUGAAAGUUACAUCCUAACAUCCUCCGUUAAGCUAAAUCUUCGAGAUCUUGUUAGAGUCGUCGCUGCAGGGAAUCUUCCAGUGCUUAUCCAGGGAGAGACCUCUGUAGGGAAAACAAGCUUAAUUAGAUGGCUAGCAUUUGCUAGUGGCAAUCAUUGUGUAAGGAUUAACAAUCAUGAGCACACAGACAUCCAGGAGUACAUUGGCUGCUAUACAUCUGACUCUUCAGGCAAACUUGUGUUUCAAGAAGGUAUUCUAAUUGAUGCAAUGAGAAAAGGUUACUGGAUCAUACUGGAUGAGUUGAACUUGGCUCCAUCAGAUGUUCUUGAAGCUUUGAACAGACUGCUGGAUGAUAACAGGGAACUUUUCAUUACGGAAACCCAAGAGGUGGUUAAAGCACAUCCCAGAUUCAUGCUUUUUGCCACUCAAAAUCCACCAGGCUUUUAUGGUGGCCGAAAGGUAUUAUCGAGAGCUUUUCGGAAUAGAUUUGUUGAACUGCAUUACGAUGAAUUACCAAGUGCUGAGCUGGAAGCUAUUUUACACUUGCGUUGCAGCCUGCCACCGUCGUAUUGUAAUAAGGUGGUUGCGGUCAUGUUAGAGCUGCAGUCAUACAGAAGAGGAUCCUCUGUGUUUGCUGGGAAGCAUGGUUUUAUCACACUCCGUGAUCUUUUCAGAUGGGCUGAGAGAUACCGUUUAUCAGAACAAACGGAACAAGAGAUUGAUUGGCUACAGCACUUGGCAGAUGAUGGUUUCAUGCUACUAGCAGGGAGAGUGAGGAAACAGGAGGAGGUAGAGGUCAUCUUAAAAGUUCUCAAAAAAUGCUUCAAAAAAACUGUAGUACCAGAAGUCCUUUUCUCCAGAGAAAAUGUACAAAAGCAGUUGGAUAGUAUAUCUAUACAUCCUGGUGUUAUGGAGAAUCACAACUUUUCUCAUAUUGUAUGGACACAAGGAAUGAGAAGACUUGCCAUUCUUGUUGGGCGAGCAUUGCAGUUUGGAGAGCCGAUAUUGCUAGUGGGUGAUACAGGGUGUGGCAAAACCACCAUAUGCCAGCUAUUUGCAGCACUGCAAAAUCAAAAGUUACACUCUGUGAACUGUCAUCAGCAUAUGGAGACCUCUGACUUUUUGGGUGGGCUGCGACCAGUGAGGCACUUUUCCAAGGAUAAAGAUGAUGAGGGUUCCAAACUGUUUGAGUGGCAUGAUGGCCCUUUGGUAUUGGCUAUGAAAGAAGAUAGCUUUUUCUUGCUCGAUGAAAUCUCUUUAGCAGAUGAUUCAGUGUUAGAGAGACUGAACAGUGUUCUUGAGGUUGAAAAGACAUUGGUGCUGGCUGAGAAAGGAAGUGGUCAGGAUGACAAUGAGGUAGAGCUUUUAACAGCUGGAACUAAGUUCAGAGUUUUGGCUACCAUGAACCCUGGUGGAGACUUUGGGAAAAAGGAGCUCUCUCCAGCCCUGCGUAACAGAUUUACGGAGAUUUGGUGUCCACAAGGCAAUGAUCGACUCGAUCUUCUAGAAAUCAUCAAACACAAUCUAAAUCCAAACUUGUCAUUUGGCUGCCCAGAUAAAAAUGGGGUUGUCAUAGCAGGCUUGAUCAUGGACUUUAUUGAAUGGCUGACCAACCAAGAUUUUGGACGACGUUGCAUUCUUAGUAUCAGAGAUAUCCUGUCCUGGGUGAAUUUCAUGAAUGUCACUGUAAAAAAUGAUGUAUCUGAUCAGCAAGUUGAUGAGACUGACCUCAGCACAAUCACCGCUUUUGUACAUGCUGCAUGUCUUGUGUACAUUGAUGGCAUAGGAUCUGGUACUACAUUUUGUUCUGCCGAAGCAGCCAUAUCAGCCCGGCUAGAAUGUAUGCGUUUUUUGCGUGACAAGCUCUCUGUUGUCCUUCACAAUACUGAAGAUUUGCAAAUAGAGCUACAGGUGUAUGAGCGGGGAGUUCAGCGGAAGAUCCAUUGGAAGGAGAGCUCAUUUGGAAUCCACCCGUUUUAUAUACCAAGUGGUCCUAUCUAUCUUCGGGAAGAUCUGACUCAUUAUGCACUUCAAUCAGAAACCACUUCUAUGAAUGCACAGAGACUGAUGCGAGCUCUACAGCUCCACAAACCUAUUCUGUUAGAGGGCUCACCAGGUGUGGGCAAGACCAGCCUGGUCACUGCUUUGGCAGAAGCUUCUGGAAACAAACUUGUUAGGAUUAACCUUUCUGAGCAAACGGAUGUGACUGAUUUAUUUGGCACGGACCUACCAAUUGAAGGGGGGAAAGGUGGUGAAUUUGCGUGGCAUGAUGGGCCUCUUCUCUCUGCUUUAAAGGCAGGACAUUGGAUUUUACUGGAUGAACUAAAUCUAGCCUCUCAGUCUGUACUAGAAGGACUUAAUGCUUGCUUUGAUCACCGUUCUGAGGUGUACAUACCUGAACUUGGCAUGAGCUUUCAGGUGCAACAUGAGAAAACGAAGAUCUUUGGGUGCCAGAAUCCCUUCCGUCAAGGAGGUGGGCGGAAGGGACUUCCACGAUCCUUUUUGAACAGAUUCACACAGGUAUUUGUUGACCAACUUUCAUCGGCUGACAUGGAGUUUAUAGCAAAUUCUCUCUUUCCUUCCUUGGGUGAAACACUAAUCUCUAAAAUGGUUGCUUUCAAUAACCAGAUUGAUAUGGAAGUGAUGAGUGAAAGAAAAUGGGGUCAGAAAGGAGGACCAUGGGAGUUUAACCUACGGGAUCUGUUUCGCUGGUGUCACCUUAUGCUGUAUGAUCAGUCACCAGGAAGCUAUGAGCCAUCGCAGCAUGUUUUUCUCAUCUAUGGAGAGCGCUUGAGAACAAAAGACGACCAGCAAAAGCUCAUUUCUGUAUACAAGAAAGUGUUUGGCGAGGAGUAUACUCCUUACCUAGGAACGCGGCAAUUUCACAUCACACCUCAAAAUGUGCAGGUUGGCUACUCAGUCCUUCCCCGUGGCAUGUGUUGUUCCUCUGCUCCACACAAACACCUCUCUCUCCUUCAUCAUUCCCUACAAGCACUUGAACCAGUAAUGAAGUGUGUAGAAAUGGGCUGGAUGGUUAUCCUUGUCGGACCUACAGCUGUCGGAAAGACCAGCCUUAUUCAGCUCUUGGCUCUUUUGACCGGAAACAAGCUUAAAGUCAUGGCCAUGAAUAGUGCAAUGGACACUACAGAGCUGCUUGGAGGAUUUGAACAGGCUGACAUUAACAGACCAUGGCACCAACUUCUUGAGCAGGUAGGACAUGCGGUGGUAACCCUGGUAAAGGACAGCCUCCUUGCUGCAGAUAUAUCUCCAGAUGAGACAGAAAUUUUAUUCCGUUCCUGGAGCAAUCUGAAUCUUAAUCAGCAUUCAAGAUCUGUGGUGAAAGGAUGCCGAAGCAUUACUACAGAAGUGUUAAACAAGCUGGAGACUGUCCUACUGCAAAUCCAGAGACUGAAUGCCAAACUUAACUCCCUCUCAAAUGCCGAGUUUACUGCCAUUUUGGAAGAUUUACAGAGCUUUAAGGACCAGCUUCUUCACUCCGUAGAGGGACAGAGCAGUGGGACAUUUGAAUGGGUGGAUGGAAUGCUGGUACAUGCUCUGCAGGCUGGUGACUGGUUACUGAUGGACAAUGUCAACUUUUGCAGUUCAUCUGUUCUAGAUCGACUCAAUGCAUUGCUUGAACCUGGAGGGGUUCUUACUGUUAGUGAGAGAGGCAUCAUUGAUGGCACCACUCCAACUAUAAUUCCUCACCCUAACUUCAGACUGUUUUUGUCAAUGGAUCCCUGCCAUGGUGAAAUCUCCAGAGCAAUGAGGAACCGUGGUAUUGAACUGUAUAUAUCCGGGGACUGUGGCGGAGUGGAGCUGGAUACUUUCGAUAUCAGGAAAUUACUACAUGGUUUGGGCAUGAUCGGAGAUCAUAUAUGUGAUGCUUUGAUAGCAGUGCACACAGAGAUCAAAGAAACCAUAAUUGGUUCCCCUUGCAGCUCACUCUCUCAUCUGCUCCAUGCUGCUACUCUGAUAUCCCAACAGCUGCAGAGAGGAUGUCACUUGGAACAGGCUUUUCAAAGAGCCUGCCAAGAGGUCUUUACUUUCUCACAGCACUCACUUGUGGCUCAGGGGCAAGUGCAGGAUAUUGUUUGGAACCAGAUUUGUACACUGACACCCACCUAUGGAGAUUGCUUGUUAUCCCUGGGUUUGUGGCCAGAUGAAAUACCCUGCGCUUUUCUUUCUGCUGAAGACUCUGUCUUAUCUACUAUUUUAAGAGAUGGACAAAUUCUUGUUUACAUACUAAACAGACACAGUCUCCGGAAAAACAGAAAAGUUCCACUUACUGUGCAAGAUCUUCAGCUGUCUGGGCCCCCAUCUACUGCAGAUGGUCACCGUUUUAGUCCUGUGGCGUUAGAAACACUUUGGAUGGAUGAUCCUGCAGUUAUUCAACAGUCUGUUCAGCUUGUUAUUGAGAAGGCAACAUCAUUAGACUGGAUGUUAAGGAUGCGUUGGCUGUGCCAUGUGGCUAAGAGACUGCCAGCUGAACUGGAUCACAUACGAGCAGAGAUAGAUGCUGGAGCACAUGCUUUGAACAGAUUUUACUCUAGUUCACUUCCCAAAGAAUUGAGCAGUGUUAUGAAAUGCCUCCACACUUCAGUAUUGGAUGAGAAUUGCAUCCCACUGGAUAUUCGCUGGAAUAUGCAAUUAUUGGACAAAAUGAAACAUUCCCUUAGCCUUCAUACUGGCAUACAGCCAGACAAGGAUCUUUUUGGGCAGUUAGACAGUGUAAUAAGCAGGGCAAUACUGCUUAUUAACAGACUAAGGCAAUCUUUUCUUGAGACUCAUGUAACCAGGACAACGAAAAAACAAAGUGCUUUGAAAAUUGCUAUUGAAGUUCAUAAAGAUCCAGCUGUUCACCAGGACCUGCCUCAUCCAGUGGUAGCCCAUCUUGCUCCAUUUUUUGACAUCUGGGACAUGCUUGUGUUUGAGUGCCUUGAAUCCAUCCAAUCUCCAUUAACAGAUGAAUCUAGCUUAGAGGCUAUGUCGUGCCUCCGCUGGCGUGAUCGGUUCAGGCUGGUGUCUGACAGUGUUGGCUUGGAAUCUUCUGAUCUGGCUUUGCUAACAUUACACUGGCACUGGGUUGUGAAGCAUUCUGUGAAAAAGGUGACUCUGCUCUUACUUGGACAUGAUCAUCACAGGCUUUCUCAGGAAGUUCAGUCGAUCUGUUUGAGCAUUCAGGAGUGCCUUGCCGUCUCUUCUUCCCAGACUUCUGCCAAUAUAAAAUUGCUGCAAAAGGUUCUUGUUAGACCUCUGCCUUUCAAGGAGGAGUCUAUGGUACAAUGUGUGGAGAAACUGAAAGUGCUCAGCGCUUCCCUUAAUGUAGUGGAUCUGAGACCAAAUAAAGGAGAGAGCAGAUGGCAACAAGAGAUAUGCAGGUUAAAGGCAGCUAGCUCAGCUUGGGAAACAAAAUUCAAUAUACUUAAAGCUUGGACAUCUGUACUUCGGGCAAAUCAUCAAGAAGACAUCAACUCUGAUGAACUUGCAGCCUCUGUGGAAUUGCUGAGUGCACAUGUGAAAAAACAGGGUAUUCUCCUGUGUCCUGGCGACAAAAGUUUUGAAGAGAGUUUGUGUACGCUGAACCAGGAAGAUUUAAUACAGCUUUCAAGUACAGUUCAGUUGUGGCCUGGCAUGGAGUAUCUAAUGCUACUGUGGCAAUACAAAUUGAUUACUGACCUGCUAUCCCAUUCUUACUAUGUAAGAAAGAACAUGCAGUCUGACCUUAAUCAGCUAGUUGCAUUUUGUUUGAAGAAAACAUCAUCAUCUUCACAGCAGCUUCGUGCCUUCUUGUUCCUUAUUCAGCAGGCUGAGGUUAAUUCCGGUGAUGUUGCCUUAUUGUGGUCAGAGUUGAUAAGCAGUGUAUUCUCAUCUUUCUGGAAUAGUACUGUUACCACUGAACCAGAUUACUGGUCAUCCUGGAAGCCAUUCACUUCUCCUGAUGUUGGAAACAUUCCACAAACACUCAUGGAACCUUCUGUGAAGGGCCCUGGUAUAUUAAGCAGAGCUGUAUUCUCAAAGUGCUUCUGUGAAGUUCUGACGAGCAGUAGCAAGGCAUUGUCAUGGGAUUUGAGUAGUCUUCCGGUACUUCUAUCUUCACACGUGAGCUUAGGCGAGGGGGAUGAGAGAAUGCACCAACUUCGAGAGAUCAAUGCAGCACUUUGGACAAAUAUGGCAAUCUCUUCCUUGGCUAGCUUUAAGAGCACAGAUUCUAGACUACAAGGUCAUCUGCUAUAUCAUCACUUUGUUGCACUAAAGGACCUUGUGCCUGUAACUAUACAAGAGGAAUUUUUGCAAUAUUGUGAUCAUCUUCCAAUGAAAGACCCAUCUGCAUAUCAUUACAUCCAGGAUAUUUUGAGAGACUGGUCCAAUCAGGAGAGAUUGCCUAGAAACAUCAUUAAGCUGUGGUUGACUUGCCUUCAGCAGUUUUAUGCGGAGUUCGAUGAUGCAGUUCAGGCCUCUGAAACAGCGCAUCGUGGAUCUCUGUGGGUUAAUAUGGGCUUAUUGCAAGUUCACCUCUGGCUGCCUCAAGCUGCAUUUGAUCCAGCAAUAAAGAGGAAAUACAAAUUACAGUAUGCAGAAGAGGAGUUACAUCAACUGGAGUGUGAAUGGGAAACGCGGAAUCUCUCCUGCAACCUGCUGACAGGGAAGAAGCUUGAUGAUGUAGCUUUGAAAGAUCAUGUGCAUCCACAUAUCAGGACUCUGCUGCAGAGAAUUCAAAAAUUGAAAGCAAUUGUAUACAAUAUUUCCAAAAAGCAGGCCUACCGCCCCAAGAGUCCGACGUAUGAUACCUUGUACCAAGAUGUCCACAGCUACCUCAACAGCAUUGGCAAAGUUUCUGCUAUCCAGGACUUGGCAACACGCCUUCUCAAAGCUCUCAGUGGGAAGGGCACAAAAUCACGACAAGGUAUACUUCACCUUUUGGCUGAAGAGACUGCAUGGCAGCGAUCACAUCACCAAUUCAGAAAGCGCCUUUCAGAAGAGUAUUCUCUGUUUCCUGAUCUGGUAACUCCACUCCAGGCGGCCAUUUUGCAAAUGCAACAUGGAGUAAGGAUAAUGGCCUCUGAACUCUACACCUUGAUGAACAGUACUCUCAUCUCUCCUUCCGCGAUAAAGAGUCUGAUCACGUGCCUUCUGGCUUUUCCAUCUACAUCAGAUGCUUUUCCAACAUACUUCUCACACGCUGACAGUUUGUGUUCUGUUGGUUCCCUUGACAUUCUGAAAGGCCUUAAAAAGCUUUCUCAGAAAUACCCAAAUAAAGACCAACAAACCCAUGGAAGUGAUUUAAGUUGCUGCCUCAGUAAAGAGCAGCUGCUGGUUAAUGGGUUACUUUAUCUGCGCUCCCAUGUUCUUUCAAAGGGAGACAUGGAUGAGAAAUCUUUGAACCUUUUCAGACACAUAUGUCAGGCUAUCAUAAAUGAGUGGGAUGAGCAGGAGCAGACAGCUAGGGAACGAGAUAAGGAGGAGAGCAGUUUGUAUAAGUACAGGAGCAAAAGUCUAGGAUCUGGACUCACAGAGGGCCAAGAGGAGGAGAAGGAGUUCCAAAUGCGUUUUCCCCUUUAUGAGCAGGACUUUGCGGAUAUAACAGCACAGCCCAGCCUGGAUGAAUGUAUGGAGAUACAAGGCAAUGAGAGUCAAGCAGAUGACGACACUAAACUAGUGUCUGAGAGUGCAAUGCAAACAGUGAUGUUUAUUCAUCAGCAGCUGUGCCUAAGUGUUGCCAGAUCUCUCUGGUACCACCAGAGUCCAGCACAGCAUGAAACCAAAUAUUACCUCAGUAUGUUCUUGUCUUGCUACCAGACCAGCGCUGCUCUCAUAGAAAACCUGUUCCCUCUCAUUGGUGCUGACUUGAAUGAUGAUCUUUUAGGCAACCAUUUGCUGGCCAGCACUCUCCUGCAGAAUACAAUAUCUAACAACGCUACCUCAGACAUUAUAUUGCCACAUGAAGGCCCUUACGACUUUUAUCAGCAUUCUAAUAUCCAGCAGGCCAGCCAGUGCAAGCAUGUGCUGAGUUGCUUCACCAGAGAAGUAAAGAAGCUGCUGGAUGAAUGGCCAGAUCACCCUGCUUUGCUGCAGCUUGUGGUUAUAAUUGAGCGAAUUCAAGGAUUUGCACUAUCCAGCCCUCUUUCCAAGUUUUUAAAUGGUUUAGAGCUUCUUCUAGCAAAGUCUCAAGACUGGGAGGAAAAUGCUAGCCACACUCUAUCGUUGCGAAAAAACCUUGAUGAAAUUACACAACUUAUUAUCCAGUGGCGUAAACUUGAGCUGAACUGCUGGUCCCUGAGUCUCGACAACACUAUGAGGCGACAUGCUGAGAAAGCCAACAAGCACUGGUUCUCUAUUUAUCAGUUGGUUGAGAAAUACUUGGAAGUGGAGGAGGAGCAAGAGAGCAGUGAAGAGAAGACAUUGCAGUCUCUUACGAAGACACUACAGGCAUUUAUUGAAGGCUCCACCCUGGGGGAAUUCAACUCGCGUCUACAGAUGCUACUGGUUUUCCAUUGUCAUAUGCUGCUGGUGCCGCAAGCUGCCAAGAAAGAUCCUCUUUGCAGUCUGCUGUGGAAUUUGUACAAUUAUUAUAGGCAGUUUUUGCCAUCAGUUCAAGCUAGAAUCCAUGAAUUACGUAAUCCAGUGGAAAAAGAACUAAAAGAUUUUGUGAAAAUAUCCAGGUGGAAUGAUGUUAGUUUUUGGUCUGUAAAACAGUCAGUGGAGAAGACCCAUCGAACACUUUUUAAGUACACCAAGAAGUUUGAGUCUGCUCUCUGUGAGCCAUCUUGCCCAGCAUUAGUAGAAAGUGUCCAUGAAGAGAAACUAGAGCUCACAGAUGCUGCAACAGACUUAAAAGUAAAAAGACACACUGUGGAACAGCUCACUUCUGUCCUCAAGGCGGCUGUAUCCAGAGCAAGCAGUGCACCGCUAAAUUGUGGCGAGGACAUUUAUUCAGCAGAUUCUCUUCAGUGUCGUCUCCCUAAAUUGACAAAAAGAAUGAGGCAGUUGUGCUCUACAUUUGUACAGAAGAGCUCAACUCCAACUUUGUGUGAAAAUCUCAAUGGAUUUACAGAGGGCGUCAUAGAAUCUGUGAAUGAGCUUCAGAAUCUUACUAUAGACCAGACCACGGAUAAGGAGAAGCAGAGAACGGAGGCCAAACACAUCCUCAUGCAGAAGCAAAGGGCACUUUCUGAGCUUUUUAAAAUGCUGUCUAAAACUGGUUUGUCAUAUCGGAAAGGACUUGCAUGGAUACGUACCAAGAACAAUCAAGAUUUACUUUUCCUCCACCCUUUGGACCUCCAUAGCGCUUUGACCAUUUCAAAUAGCACCCUUGAAACCAAUGCGGAAUUGCUAGCUGAGAUCAGGGCAACUUGGGACGGUUGUCAGAAGUAUUUCUACAAAUCUCUUGCACGUAAUUCCAGGAUGGAGACGGCAUUUGCGUCCCCUGCCAAGGAACUUGGCUUGGGAAACAUUGAGCGAUGUAAGGGGUUUUCUGGUCAUCUUUUAAAGAUCCUCGGAAAACAGAGGAGUUCCCUCACUGCCAUCACUGAGCAGUGGGUUAUUCUCAGAAACUUGUUGAGUUGCAUGCAGGAGGUCAGCAGCCGGUUGGAUGUGUGGAAUGACUACAAGAUCGCUUUCCCUCCCCAGGAUGGGGUACAGCAGUGGCUUGACCGAUUGCAGCGCGUGGCUAUGCAGUGCAGUAUUCUAUUGGAGCAGUUUUCAUGGUUUCUCGAAUGUUGUCCAGUAAACAACAUUGAAAGUGACAUACAACAAAGUCAAGAAAUGAAAUCUGAAGAAGCCUAUCCUACUGCAGGGGUGCUGAAUGUUCCUUCUCCAGCUGCAGCAGACUGGCUGCCGAAACUAUGCACCAUGCGCAGAUCAGACAAUGACUGGCAGCAGCUGAGAGCUACAGUUACCAAGAUGUCAGCAGAGAUUAAGACCACAAAAUCAGCUGUGGACAAGAUCCGGCAGCAGUCCUGCAGGACACUGUUUUAUUCUUGGAAAGAUUUUGAGACUUGCUCUGUGGCGUUGGAUACCAUGCAAGAGAUAGCCCAUGACUUAAAGGAGGUGGAGCUGCUGUUUGUUCUCCCUGAGACAGAAGUGAGAGAGGCUGCACAGCACAUGACCUUUCUGAAGAGCAUCCACUACGUCAGGGAAGAAGUCCGUGUUGCUGUUAAAGAGUUUACCUUAUGGAAAUCCCGACUGCAAGCAAUAGGAAGAGCAAAGAGGAACAAAGAGUCUGACGAAGAAUACGUAAAAAAUUACUCGGGGCACGUGGAAUCUGCCAUCAAAAGUAUUUUAUGUGCCAUUCAGAGACUUAUAAAGGAUGAGAAGGAAAAGCAAGAGACUGUUACGACUGAGGAUGGAGUUGAAGAGAAUGUUGAGCACCAACUCCAGCAAGGCCUCAUUACCACAUUGCUGACUGAAGACCUUUGCCAAGAUUUGAAGGCAUUGGAUGUGCAGACGAUAAUAUCUGCUGUUUCUGAGCUUUUUGAAAGGCUUAAGGCCUAUGGAGAGGACUGCAUAAAGGACAAACACAUGUUUUUCAAUCAGUGCUGCGGGUUACUUGUCAGACUAUUACCAAUGCUGUCUGCCUAUUCCGACCUCCUCCUGUUUUACCUCACUGUAUCGCUGGCAACACACAGGGCUACAGGGAAACUGCUUUCUAUCCUGACCCACAUAUUUACAGAGCUUGCUCAGAAGGGAUUCUGCCUUCCCAAAGAUCUUAUUGAGGAAAGCGCAGGUGAGGGAGCAGUACAGUUUCAUGAUAAUGAAGAUGGUGGGAUAGGGGAAGGAGAAGGCAUGAAGGAUGUGAGCGAUAAAAUUGAAAAUGAAGAUCAGAUUGAAGACACAUUGAAAAAAGGUCAGGAGAAAGAGAAGGAAGAUCCUGACUCUAAACCCGAUGUGAAGGAGGAAGAUAAUGCCAUUGAAAUGUCUGAGGAUUUUGAUGGGAAAAUGCAUGAUGGUGAAAAGCCAGAAGAGGAAGACAAUGAAUCAACCAGUGAGAAUGAGGAUCUGGAUAAACAGAUGGGAGAUCUUGGUGAUGCUGAAGCAGACAAACUUGAUGAAAGACUGUGGGGAGAUGAUGAUGAUGAGGAUGAUGAGGAUGAUGAUGAUGGAGACACUGAUAAACCAGAAGAGACUGGCAUGGGAAUGGACAUGGGUGAAUCUGAGCUGGUUGCCAAGGAUGACAACCAAGAUGCUGGAAACCAGGGUGACGAAAAGAAGCAAGACCUUAGAGAUGAUACUAAAGAGGAACAAGUUGAGGAUGGGCACAAAGACAAAAUCCAUGAGCAGAUUGAUGAGCGUGAAUAUGAUGAGAACGAGGUGGAUCCUUAUCAUGGUAAACAGGACACCCAACAAGAACUAGAAGCACUUGACCUUCCUGAUGAUUUGAAUUUAGAAACUGAUGAGGGCAAAGCAAGUGGUGAUGAACAAGAUGAGAAAGAUGGUGAAGAAGAAAAUCCUUUUGAUAUCGAGGAAAAGCCAUUGGAUUUAAAGGAAGAAAGUGCAGAGCAAGAAGGGAGAGAUGAGGGAAAACCUGAAGAGGAGUGCAAAGAAUCUACGGAAGCAGAGCAAGCUGAUGGCCAAGACAAAGUGGAAGAGAAGGAAGAAGCGGGCCCACAGGCAGAAGAAGAAGAGCCUGCACAUGAUGAAGCUGGAGAGAAAACACCAGAGGAUGAGAAUAAAGAGGAACCUGCUAAAAAUGAGGAGAAUGGGCUACCAACUGACCAUGGCCUCAUGCCUCAGACUGAUGAGGAGAAGCUCAGUCAGGAUGAGGAUGUCCAGGACUCUGUUCAGAGAAUGGAACACGAGACAUGUGGGCAGACUGCAGACGACAACUUGCAGAGCGACAGUGCCACGGAAUUGGCUGGAGCAGCUUCAGAAAAGGAUGAAGCCAAAGAGGAUCAUGGUACAGGAUCUGCAGAUGCAAAUCAGACUGAAGGCCAUGAAUCCAAGCUGAUGGCACGUUUGGCCAUGGAGAAACAAAGCGUCCGCAGUACACAGAGCAUUAAGCGUAAGCCAGGCCAAGCAGAUGACGAUCGUUCCUUGGGGGAUCACAGUGGGCAGGUCCAUAAGAGACUGAGAACCAUGGAGUCCAGCAGUGAGAUGGAAGAUGGUGACAAGCAGACACCGCACCAGAAACAGGAUGCUGAUGCCUACGAGCACAUCAAGCCAGGAGCUGCAUCAUAUGAUGCUCAGACAUAUGAUACAGCCAGCAAAGAGCAGGAGAAAGCCAUACAGCCUCAUGAAGAGGUGAAAGAUGACAACGCUGUGCAGGAAGAUGUGGAGAUGGAGCUACAGAAGGAAGAGACACUUGAAGCAAUUGAUGUUGACCAACUAAAACCAGAGGAACUAAGGUCAUACGAGUCCACAACGCAAGGAAUCAUGGAAUCUGACCCAGACCUUCAAGGUUUAGCUGUAGAAGAUGAUACACAGAACAGAGUUUUAGAACCUCCGAAUGCAGAAAUGGAGAAACGGGACAGAAGCACAGAGUCUACCAUACAUACUGCUUGGGAAUUUUUAAAGGAGAGAACUGCACAGAUCGCUCAAAAUCCUGAAGAGCUUAGGAGAGAACUUGAAAAGCAGCUGGAAGCAUGGCAGACGCAACUAAUCGGGAACACAGAAGAGGAGAAGGCUGCAGCUGAGAUGUGGCAGCGAUACAUUUUCCUCACCGCUCCCCUCUCUCAGCAACUGUGUGAGCAACUCCGGCUCAUUCUAGAACCUACACAAGCUGCCAAACUCAAAGGUGAUUUCAGAACUGGAAAGAGACUGAACAUGCGGAAAGUGAUUCCAUACAUAGCCAGUCAGUUCAGGAAAGACAAGAUUUGGCUGCGGAGAACAAAACCCAGCAAACGUCAGUAUCAGAUCUGUUUAGCAAUUGAUGAUUCAUCCAGUAUGGUUGACAACCACUCCAAACAGCUUGCUUAUGAGUCACUAGCUGUGAUCGGAAAUGCUCUGACUCUCCUCGAGGUGGGACAGAUUGCUGUUUACAGUUUUGGAGAAAAUGUCACGCUCUUGCACCCCUUCCAUGAACAAUUUAGUGAGCAGUCUGGGUCCAGGAUACUCAGUCAGUGCAAGUUCCAGCAGAAGAAAACAUUGCUUGCCCAGUUUUUGGAAUCUUCUGUCCCCAUGUUUGCUGCUGCAGCACAGCAUUGGUCUCCGAGCAAUACACCAGACACCGCCCAAUUGCUCAUAAUUGUGUCUGAUGGAAGAGGAUUGUUUGUAGAAGGGAAGGAUCGCGUCACACGGGCUGUACAGGCAGCUCGCAAUGCCAACAUCUUUAUUAUUUUUAUCAUUUUGGACAACCCUCUUUCCAAGGAUUCCAUCUUGGAUAUUAAAGUGCCGAUUUUUACUGACCCCAAAGAAAUGCCCAAAAUGAUAACUUACAUGGAACAGUUUCCAUUUCCGUUCUACAUCAUCCUUCGAGAUGUGAAUGCACUCCCAGAAACCCUUAGUGAUGCCCUCAGGCAGUGGUUUGAGUUGGUGACUACCUCAGAGCAUGUGUAAAAUGUAUUGGUCCAUGUACAAUAGCCUCUGCAGUGUUGAAAGGGGAUCAGGGGAAGAACCAUGGACCUCUGUACAAUGUGAUAUUACAGCAUUGCUCUGCAGCUCAGGUCAAGUCAUUUCAAUGAUGCAGGAAACUAUGCAUUGAUCAGUGACACACGGUUUACCUCUUCUGUAGAGAAUGGCAUACCUCCAGCAAAUAAAAAGAACUUGUUGGCUUUUCCUGUGUAUAACUUAAUAAAACACUUUGUUAUUAAACCAUCCCACUGCAUUUAGCAGUACACAACUAAUAAAUGGAGAUGAAAUGGAGCGAAAGACUGUAUGGUUAUAUAUGUAGAGAAGGUCUUUUGUUCAUAUUGUUUCCUACGUUAGAGAAAUAAAUGCCUAGCUAUUACUUUUUUUAUUAAACCAAAGUUCACUUAAAAGGUUUGAUCAUCGGACACCAAUGUUUGUAGUUUUGUUGUUCGCUAAAUUGUUUCCAUGCAUUGUGAAUUGUAUUGCUGUAAAUUGCAACAUUAUACUGUGAAGUCUGCAGAUUUUGUACAAUGUUGGUAGGACAUACAGGUCUUUGUUUGAUAUAUGUCUACAAAACCAUUUUUUUUUAUCUUAAUAGCUAUGCAGCCUAAUAAAGAUUGUUCAUACCUUUCUGGUUAA